AUGGCGUCAGCUGCUGCGAUGGCGACAGACAGCAGGGAUUUGUCUCCAGGACAGCGUCAGGGCUACACUGAAGUAGAUGCUGGCAAACGACAGCGACGCGGCGGAGAUCCGGUGCAGCGACGGCGUCGGGGGUUUCGGGCAGCGUCGACGGCGCCUCCUUCCUGCUCGGAUCUGGCCCCCUUCUCUAGUUUCUCUUCCUCUCUCCGGCCCCUCUUCGCAGAUCUGGAACUCCCUUGCCCGGAACUCCUCCCCUCCGGCCAGAUCGAGAUCUCCCGGCGGGGCCUCGUCUCGCCGGUGGCCGGGCGAGGUGAAAUGGCAGAGAAAGUGCAGGUUCCCUGGGUAGCCCUCUGGGUCCCCACUCCGUAUUGUUUAGCGGCGCACGUGUACAUUGACGUCAUAAGUGAGCUCCGUCGUGAAUCCUCUGGCGGUGGCACCUCCACUGACAACAACGACGACAACAAGAGCCUCGGAGUAAUUCCCGGAUUAUCUAUGAUGCGCAUUUCAGAUCUUCCUAAGGAGCUAAUCGAUGAUCAGGAUACAUCAAGGAGUGCAUGCAUGCUGCGCGAGGUGGGGCGUGUGCUCCCACGUGGCACUGCCGCUGUCGUCAUGAACUCCUUCGCAGAAGUGACCCCGACACCUCUGAUGGCGGACUUGAAAUCCAAGUUCAAGAUGCUCCUCCAAGUGGGGUGCCUCGCGGUGUCAUUUCCCCCGCUGCCGCUGCCGUCGAGCUCCACCUCUGACACUACCGGUUGCUUGACAUGGCUCGAUGCUAGAGAACCUCGGUCUGUGGCGUACAUAUGCUUCGGGACGGUGGCAAUGCCAUCGCCAAGUGAGUUAUCGGCUAUUGGAGAAGCCUUAGAAUCUACUAAGACACCAUUUCUAUGGUCCAUCAAGGAAAGCGCGAUGGCAUUCUUGCCCGAGGGGCUCCAGGAGCGGACGAGAGAGUAUGGAAAAUUUGUCCCAUGGGCUCCACAGGCCCAGGUGUUGAGCCACCUGGCAUGUGGGGUCUAUGUGACGCACUGCGGGUACAUUUCGAUGUUUGAGAGCGUGGUGGGUGGCGUGCCGAUGGUAUGCAAGCCAUUCUGGGCGGACAACAUGAUGAAUGGGAGGAUGAUAGAGGAAGUGUGGGGGAUUGGAGUGAAAGUAAAAGAUGGGACCAUAACCAAGACUGGGAUAGAGAUGGCACUGGAGGUGGUGUUGAGGGGUGAGGAUGGGAAGGAAAUGAGGAAGAAAGCUGGUGAAUUGAGGGAGAGAUUGGUGGAGGCUGCGGGGCCUAAUGGGAUUGCUGAUGCUGAUUUCAAGGUCCUUGUGAAGCUCAUCUCCACUUCAUGA